UUUAUAACAGACUUGAUGACAUUUACAGACAAAACUGAGAGGACAGGGAAACAUAUUUACUGUUCGGAUGUCUCGCACAGAUGUUGCAGUCAGGAUGCUUUCUGGUUUCCUCUUCCUGCUCUUCCUCACAGAUGGGGUGUAUUCUGAAGAUAACUGCAGCUAUCAGGAUGUUUUAAAUUACCUGCACCUUACCAAAAACAAUGAGCAGUACGUCAUGACCCGGCCUGUGAGAAACUACAAACGCCCCACACGGGUUUACCUGGAAGUUCUGCUCUAUGCCAUUCUUGACGUGGUUGAGAAAGAUCAAAAAUUCAUCCCUUACGUUUGGACAGUCAUGAGGUGGCACAAUGAAUACAUUUCCUGGGAUCCAAAUCAAUUUUGUGGAAUUGAUAAUGUUUCUCUUCCAUCUGAGUUUCUGUGGAAGCCAGAUCUUACUAUUGAAGAAAUGACAGAGCGAGACAAAGCACCUCCGAGUCCUUAUCUCACUAUCAACGAUAAAGGUGAUGUUGAAGUCCAGAAUGACCAGGUGCUGGUCAGCACCUGCAGGAUGCACAUUUAUAAUUUCCCCUUCGACAUACAGCGCUGCAGCCUCUCCUUCAAGUCUGUCAUACACACUGCCAAGGACAUCCGGCUGCAGCCAAGUGACAACUCUUCAGAGGCCACAGAGUGGUCUCGGGAGGUGAUGCGGACCCAGUACGAAUGGCUGUUCAUCAACAUGACAGUCAAUUCCAACAACGCCAGCGAUUUACUCGGCCAAGACAUCAUCAUUUACACUAUCAGCAUGAGGAGGAGGUCAACGCUCUACAUCGUCAACUUCAUAGUACCCGUCCUGUUCUUCUUGUGUCUGGACUUGGCCUCCUUCCUGAUCUCAGACAACGGGGGCGAGAAGCUGAGCUUCAAGGUCACUGUGCUGCUUGCUGUCACUGUGUUACAACUUAUUCUGAAUGAAAUCCUGCCUUCCUCGUCAAACAGGAUUCCUCUUAUAGCUGUCUACUGCAUUGGGAUGUUUGCCCUGAUGAUGCUCAGCCUUGUGGAGACGAUUUUCAUCAUGUAUCUGUUAGAGAAAGACUCUGCAUCCCGAGAGAGUGAGACAGAUAAAGACCAAAGCUCGAGUGAGGACUGUAACAAACAGGGCAAUGCCAACUUCCUCAAAUGUCACGGAGAGCUGCACAAACGGACUCAGUGUGUGUGUAUCUAUGAUGGUGAUGGUGGACCUUCGUCUGAACUGCUGUCCGUGGCCAAAGAGAACAGCAGCAAGCUGGUGGAGGAGUCCCACGCCUUGGAGAAGGUUUCAGACGAGCUGAAGGAGAUGGAGAAAACACUGACUCUGCUCCUCAACAGCAGGAAGGACGAGUUCAAGCCCGGCUACUGGACCAGAGUGGCUAAAAGAGUCAACAGAGCUUUCUUUAUUUUCUAUGUCACAGUGGUCAGUGUGUUUUUAGCUUACAUCUUUUUAAAAUGGAACAAUGCAUAGAGAUGGUCAUUGCUACAUAAUGAAAACACAAUUGAGUAACUGUUUCAAUCCAGGUUUAUUUGGCACACCUGUGUACCUGUUUUGUUUGCAUUGGCCUAGUCACAGUUAUACAUACGUAUUUGUACGAUUGAUUCAUGUCAAAUAAGUGCCUGCGAACCAUUCCUCUUUUAUGGAGCAGUUUCUACUCUGACAGACGAGAGUUAAAUACAAAAUACAAGUGAAUGGAGAAACCACUAAUGAGCUGUGAUUACUUCCUCUAUUCCUGAUGCUCCGUCCACUUAAAGGUCAGCACCAACAAGCUGUCUGUUGGUUAAUGGUGCCAAUUUGUGGGUUGAAUGAACAGAAUGCACUUGUUUCCACACAGCCAUUCAAAUCCUGUCAUUUUCAAUCGUUUCCGCUGAAGCGGUAACCUCACAGUUCCAUCAGAGACAGAUGGUCACACCAAGGACUGUCAGACAGCAGCCUGCAACACAACACAAGAGCCACAACAAUUUCUCUUCCUUAUCUAACUUACAAACAAGCUUUGUCACGCACCUUAGAUUGUCCAUCCACCACCCCUGGGGAAAAGCGCUGUUAGUGUCAGUUUGGAGACCAGAUAACAGUUAGCGGCUCGGCUCCAGCACACUGAACAGUGUAAAAAUGUUCCUGCAAAUGCUGAUUACCCAGCCUCCGCCCCACAAAUCACAGUAACAUCAACUUUCACAUCAGCUGUUUGCGCUCUGAGCACUUAACGGCGGUUUUCUUUUUCAUAUCUUGCUCUGCGGGAAGAGGCAUACAUAAAAUGAUGUGCUCAUAAAAGCCUUGAUUUCCCACAUCUUGGUUUUAGCAAAGCUGGUGAGGUAAUGUGUUUGAUGUUGUCCAUCUAUGUUUAGUUCUUCUGUAUAUUACAUCUCCUUAGGGGCUGUUGAUUGCAUGUAAUGCACUGUAUAACUUAUGACUAGUCUUGUAUUGUAAAAUUCUACUACAUGUCUUUGCCAUGUAAUAUGGACAAUGUAUCAUACAUCCUAUCAUACAUAUCUCCAUUCUUGCAUGAAAAUGUUGAAGAUUUUUUAAUAUAUGCCUGCUCUCGCUUGAGCCUACAUCACGUCUUAUGUACUUAGUUCUUCUGAAUAGCAGAUCUGUGAUCA